UGGUCAUCGCAAUAAAAGACGCUCCAUUCGUCUUCAGUCUUCACCAUUUCACUCUUCCACUUCGCACUCACGCUUGAUGCAGAGCUGAUCCCCAAACGCCAGAAAAAGAUCAUCCACACAGCAAUCCGUUCCUCUCCCUCCCUUCCGAUUCCUCAAGCGAUCGUAAGCGCUCCAGCUUCUCCAGACCAACAAUUUUCCUGUUUUAGGAAGAGGAAUGAAUCCUAACUUCACAUCAGUAAUGGAGGGAGCCGCUGAGUCCACGGCUACUGCCCGGGCGGUGGGAUUCAGAUUUCAUCCUCGCGAUGAUGAACUCGUGAACUACUAUUUGCGUUAUAAAUUACUUGGCGAGAAUACUGGUUCUAUUUCCAUACCUGAGAUCAAAGUGUAUUCUUUUGAUCCUUGGGAGUUACUCGGUUGGAUGGACAAUAAACUUGAUGAGUGGAUUUUUUAUUGUUAUUGUCCGCGUCAUUAUAAAUAUGUCAACAGCAAAAGAUCAAAUAGGACUACGAAAAAUGGUCAUUGGAAACCUACGGGCAAGGUGCGUGAGGUAAAGAUGAAGAGAACCAAGAAAAAAAUUGGUACGAAGAAGACUUUGGUUUUCUAUAAAAAGGAGGAAGGUUCUUCUAAAGGAAUCAUCACACAGUAUGUGAUGCAUGAGUAUGAGUACAUAGCGGAUCCAAACUCACCAUCUAAGGUAAAUUGCUUGUUCAUUGGUACUUCCACAUAUCAUAAUUUAGUUUCCAUGGUCGAUGCUGAAUUUAGCACUUUUUUGCUUACAUACAUGCAUGAAAUACUUGAUGGUGUAGUGUUGGCAUUCCUUUUGCGAUGUUCUAUUGUUGUUAAUUUCACUUACAUUAUGGUACAUGUUUCAACUGCUUUGUGUCCUUUAUUUGUUAUCAAGACAUAAUAGUAGAAGUUUGAUAUGAUUAUCUGGUGGUGUGAUUUGGUUCUUCAUUCGUUAUACCAUGCAGCGUAAGUUAGGUUGGUAAUUGUGUAUCACUUGCAGGAAAAUUUCACACUUUGCAAAUUGAAGAGGAAGAGAGAUAAACGGAUCAAUAAAAAUGAUAACAAGCUAGAUCAUCGUGUGACCAUGCAUUCCAGCCGUGAGCAGUGUCACCCUAUUUCUGAUGUUGGAAAAUCCAACCCUAGUUACAAGGCAACUCUGCCUAAUGCUUUUGAUUGUGAAAAUCAAAGGCCACCUCUAUUGGGAGGUAAUGGGUGUUCGAGCAUAGUGCAGACUACUUGUGAUAGUAGUGAGGCGAGUCGCCUAGUGAUUUCUGAUUUUGGAAAUCAAACGUCACCAUCUUGUGAGUACAGUGAAGCAAACUGUAUGAAGAUUUCUGAUUUCUUAACUCCCAUUACACCUCCAGUGAAAAUCGAUGAUUAUCAAGUUUGUCGUGAAUAUAGCGAGGCGAGUUGCCUAGUGGCUUGUGAUUUGAGAAGUCAUGUAUCACCACUUAAAGACGAUGGGUGCUCAUCUCUAGUGAUGCCAUCGAAAGAUUUGGAAAGUCAUUCAAUUUUCGAGAAUGAUAAACUGUACAAUUUAGUGGACUCCGUUAGUGGAAUCCACCCGCACCAGACGGUACAAGUAGAACAACCGACUCCUUACGAGGGGGAGCUUUAUAAUUCAGCUGCACCAAGUCUUGAAGCUGAGAACGAGAAGCUUCUUGAGAACUCCUUCCUUACUAGAACUAAUUUCGGUGACUGGGUCAAUUCUGCAUUUCCAGAGAUAAGCCAAGAAUUGAUUGAUCUAAUGGUAAACUACUAGCCAGAUUGCAUCAUCUGACUCUCCCCUUCUGCGAGCCAGUCUGGAACUUGGAAAACCAGAUCUCUAUUUAGCUUUGGUGCUUCCUCUUAUCAGCCAAUAUGAUGGCCGCCAUGCAUCUAUGUAUGUUGGGUGUUAUUCAAAAGCGGAGUAUAUGUACUAGCCUUCGUUUCAGGAAUCUGGAUGUGUGCUGAUUUCACAUAAUGUGAACAAGGCUGAUCAUUUAGGCACUUUGUGGUUUCCUGUUUCUAUUUUGUUAAAUAUAGGGUCGUUUGCUUCAAGGAUUUGGACAACUCUUACCAUCAAAUAAAGGAUAAGGAUCCCCGUUUUGUGAGUGAUUUAUUUGUUAUUGUUACUCUGCAGUUUCCGGGAACACAGAUUCUUGUGAAUCACGUUCAUCCUCUUCAAAGUCUGUUUAUCAGAUUGAAAACUUACUGCUUGGCUAUGUACUGUGACCCAACAUAGAGUUUCGUUAUAUGUUCCUAAAGAAAGUGUUGGCUUCCAUUUCAGUAAAUCAAUGACAAACACAUUACUUAUUCAUGAACAUAAUUUUGUUGUUUUAUGAUGAUGUAAUCUAAUUAAGG